AUGGAAGAGGGAAAUCACUCGGUGGUGACUGAGUUCAUUCUCUCAGGACUAACAGAUCGUCCGGAGCUGCAGGUCCCUCUGUUUGUGCUGUUCCUACUGAUUUAUCUUAUCACCCUGGUUUGGAAUGGGGGGAUGAUCUUGCUAAUCACGAUUGACCCCCAACUACACACACCCAUGUACUUUCUCCUCCGGAAUUUGUCGUUCUGUGAUCUGUGCAGUUCCACGGUAAUAGCCCCUAAGAUGCUGCAGAAUUUCUUAGCUGAGAGGAAAAGCAUUUCGUACAUUGCCUGUGCAGUGCAAAUGUAUUUCUUCCUUGUUUUUGUAGAUGUUGAGUGUCUCUUGCUGGCUGUGAUGGCAUACGACCGUUAUGUGGCCAUCUGUAACCCGCUGCUCUAUAUGGUUACUAUGUCCAGGCAGCGCUGUAACCAGCUAGUGGCUGGAUGCUAUUUUGUGGGCUUGAUGGAUGCAUUAAUACUCACAUGUUGUACAUUUCGGUUGUCAUUCUGCCACUCCAACCUCAUCAGGCAUUUCUCCUGUGAAAUCCCCCCUUUAUUAGCACUCUCCUGCUCUGAAACAAACAUCAAUGAGAUUGUGCUGUUUGCUUCUAUGUGCUACACUGUAGUAAUCAGCAUUGUGACCAUCCUCCUGACCUAUGUGUAUAUCAUCUCCACCAUCCUGCAGAUCCGCUCUCCUGAGGGCCGGCGCAAAACCUUCUCCACCUGCACUUGUCACUUGACAGCAGUGGUCCUGUUUCAUGGCACCCUCCUUUUCAUCUAUUUCCGACCCACCUCCAGCUAUUCCUUGGACACAGACAAAAUGGCCUCUGUGUUCUACACGCUGGUCAUCCCCAUGUUGAACCCCCUCAUUUACAGUCUGAGGAACAAGGAGGUGAAGGACGCCAUGAGGAAAAUAAUAAACUCCUAA